AUGGGGCUAGGUCAUCUACCGAUGCACGUACGGCGACGAGUAGGCGACUACGAGGCCUGGGCACGCUUCCAGGACCUCAUCACGCAGGGUCUGCGUCUCGAGCUCCAAGAGCUUCAAGAGACGGAGGACGUGUCACAAAGCGUCGUAGACGGCUCCGACUGGAUCUUUGUGUCCGACCCGGCGCCCCUGGACGGCGCGUCGCGGGACACGCUUCACAAGCGCUUCGUGCCCUGGGUCGCAGAGGAGGAGAGGGAGAAGGUGGACGAAGCGUCUCUGCGCAGUGUGCUUGAUGUGGACCUUGACGACAAAUACGACGAAGAUUGGGUAAAUCUGGUACGAUGCCAAGAAGUGACAGACUAA